AUUCUCAUUAGUUUUUUCAUUUCACGUAAUCAUGAGUGUGUUUAAGUAAUUGCAAUUAAUUUUUAUCAAAAUGUAAAUGUUGUCGCUUCCAAAAUUUUCACAGAUUAGAUUUCAGUGUCAAGCAAUUAUGAAGUAUACUCGCGAAAAAAGCCCUAAAACAAAAAAUAAUCUGCUAAAAUCAACAGUUUUCGAAUCUGGUUGUGUCAUAUAUUAAUCUCAAAUAAUUUGUAAAUAUAUCCAGACAAGUAUCACCUGUUGAAAUAUUCAAUUUUAUCUGUGAUAGUUUUUAUUUUAUAUUAUUUACGACGAAUCAGAAUGGAAGAGAAGGAUAAAAAAAAAUUUGGUUCAGUUGCUGGAAGUCCUUCUGAAUGUUCUGCAAAAUCUUCUAGACAAAAGUUGAAAAACCUAAUAGCAGAACGAAGGAGGCAGAAACUGGAUCAAACUAUGAUUCAACCCGAAUUGAUGGACCCUUAUGAGGCUGUGAACAGGUACAAAAUUGCUCAGUUCAAACCAACUGGAUAUAUUGAAGAAGAAAAUUCAGGACAUUAUUGCAUCUGGGAUCCAAAUUAUCCCGAAAAUCCUGAAAGGGUAGCUUGCUCAAAAAGGAGAUUAGAAGACCUUGAUUUAAUAAAAAGAUGUAAAAAAGUUUCACCUCAAAAAUUUCCAGAAGAUGUGUAUCUUAAAUUACACAAUAAAGAAUUAUAUGAGAAGCUUAAAGAUAUUAAAAAUAUUUCAGAAGACAAACUACAAGAAUUAGCUUCAAAAUACGAUUCCGUUUUUUUUACACAUGCAACAUUUACCUCUUCAAUUAUUGCUGCCGAAGCAGCAAUAACAUUGACCCUAGAAGUAGCAAGAGGAAAUUUGAAAAAUGGAUUCGCCCUAAUUCGUCCACCUGGACAUCAUGCUAUGGCGGAUGCGUUUUGUGGAUACUGCUUCCUCAAUAAUGUCGCUCUUGCCGCUCAGGUAGCUAUAGACAAGGGAUUAGCUAAAAAAGUUCUUAUCAUUGACCAUGAUGUUCACCAUGGCCAAGGCACACAAAGAAUGUUUUAUGAUAGAGAUGAUGUACUUUAUUUCUCUAUUCAUCGGUAUGAAUAUGGAACUUUUUGGCCAAAUCUAAGAGAAAGUGACUCAGAUUAUAUAGGAGAUGGAAAAGGAAAAGGGUAUAAUAUUAAUAUUCCAUUAAAUGUAAUUGGACUAGGAGAUGCUGAUUAUUUGACAAUAGUAUUUAACAUUUUGCUUCCAGUAGCAUAUGAAUUUAAUCCAGAUUUAAUCAUUAUAUCGGCAGGCUUCGACUCAUGUUUGGGAGAUGAAAAGGGGGAAAUGUUAGUAUCUCCUCACUUUUACGGUCAGCUGAUAACACUUUUAUCAGGUCUAGCUGACGGCAAACUAGCUGUAUGCCUAGAAGGGGGAUAUUUUCUUGAAUCUCUUGCGGAAGGAGUAGCAUGUACUAUAAAAGCACUUCUUGGCGAUACAUGCUAUCCGAUUUCUUCUGAAUUUGAAGUACAUCCCACACUUAUCGACGUCAUUAAUAAUACAAAAUACUUUUUAAGAGAUUAUUGGGAAUGUUUCAAAAAUGAUCCGCUGUUUUCUUUCCCAAAAACUCUAGAUCUGGAGAAUUGCCUUGAAAUUUCUAGAGAUACAGAACAUUUGACUUGCAUUUCUUAUAAAAACGUUUCACAAGUCCCUACGAUUUUUGAAACGUACGGCUUUUAUCCGCAAAGAACGGAGGAAGAACACGAAACAUUUCUGAAAAUGAUAUUAGAUCUUAGAAAGGAAUAUUCACAAGGACGCAAAAGUGUCAAUGUUGUUGGUUACGCUUACGAUGAAUUAUUACUUAGACAUAAAGGUAACGAAAAAUUCGGUAAAUUUCCAGAAAGACCAGAAAGAAUUGUAGAGAUAUUGAGGAGUUUAGACAAUUUUGGAAUAUUGAAACGUUGUCAAAAAAUACAGCUUUCUGAAUUUAAUGAAAGAAAAUGGAUAGAAAAGAUCCACAAAAAAGAAUACAUAAUUGAUGUUCUUGAACAGCGAAAUCUUAUCGAAAAAGCUGACUGGUUUUUCAAUGCAGAAACAACAGACUGUAUAUUGAAAUGCAUCUCAUGUGUAAUUUCAUUGGCCGAAAAUAUACAUCAAGGAUCUAUUCGAUCUGGUGUUGCGAUUGUUAGACCACCUGGGCAUCACGCAUGUUUUGAUGAAGCCAAUGGAUUUUGCUUUGUUAAUAAUGUAGUUAUUGCAGCUCAAUAUUUAAUCGAAGAGAGAAAGUACAAAAGAGUGCUUAUAGUAGAUUUUGAUAUUCAUCAUGGUAAUGGGACUCAAAAUCUUACUUAUAGUCGAGAUGAUAUUAUGUACAUUUCCCUUCACCGCUUCGAUAAAGGAAAAUAUUUUCCAUUUUUAGAUGAAGCUGAUUAUAAUUAUGUUGGUAGCAGUACAGGUUUAGGAUACAAUAUUAACAUACCCUUUAACAAGGGUAAUAAGACUGAUCAUGAUUAUUGGACUGUUUGGCUCAAACUAGUUCUUCCAUUAGCAUACUCCUACAAUCCAGAAUUUGUAAUUAUAUCCGCUGGAUUUGAUGCGGGAUAUUUUGAUCCACUAGGAAAUGGUUAUAAAUUAACACCUGAAAUUUAUUCACAUUUUAUUCAAACACUUAAGCCACUUGCAUCAGGAAAAAUCCUUUUAGCGUUAGAAGGUGGUUAUCACCUUGAAAGUACUGCUCUUUCAUUGACAUUGUGUAUGAAAGCACUUUUAGGUGACCCUUUACCAGUUCCUAAAUUUUCCGAUAAAGUUGACCAGGACACAUGUGAGACCAUUCAGAAAGUAUUAUCAGUACAUCGUGACAAAUGGAAAAUGUUGAAGGUGAAUAAGAAAAUAGCAAAUUUCUCUUGUACCGAAAAAGAAAAAACAGACCUUGAAAGUUCUUGCAAAAAGGAAAUUGAGAAGGGAGGAAGCGUUGAGAACUUGAAACAAAAAUUUAAAAGGAACAUAAUAUAUAAUGACAUUUAGUGCAGAAAUUCUAUUUAUAUUCCAAUUAAAAUUCUGAAAUUAGAUAUAUAUAUAUAUAUAUAUAUAUAUUACAAAUAUAUAUUAGAUGUACCCUCUUGGGAAAUGUACACUUUUCCCAGAAAGUUAGGUAUAUGUAAACUGAAUAUAAUGUAUAUGUACAUUUCCUGGCAAAUGUGUACUCUUGUCAUCACGUUUUGGUAAAUGUGUACUCUUGCCUUCACGUUUUGGUAAAUGUAUACUGUUACCUGCAUGUUUUAAGAAAAGUUAGAAUACAAAUAAAUUAAAAAUCUUGCUGCAGUAAAAAAAAUAUUUAUUUAAAUAAACAUAAUACAAAAGGCUUCAUUAACGAAAAGUAUUUCAAUUAAAAAAUGUAAAUGACAAACAAUACAUACUUUUCUUCGCAUAUUAUAUAAUACGUCGUAAGUUAUGAUCCCAAUAUUUCUAAAUACAAUUUUCGUCCUAGUUUUUCAGGACCAAUACGAUGGUAAUCAAACAAAUAAUAAUAAUAACAUACUUUUCUUUAUUAUACCAGUUAAAUUUUAUAAAACUAUAAAGGAACAUAUAGAAAUUUCAUAAUGAAAAGAGCAAGAAUUGGUAUUGUGGCACUUGGAAUUAAAUAAUAUUCCAGCAUUUUUACAACUGCAUUUUUUUGAGGAACAUGAUCUUUCACAGAUACAUCUUUUAAAACCUUGUCCACCAGUAAGAGACUACAUACCUAUAAUUUCUCUUGCCGAUUUCUCAACAUCUGAGGAACAUCUUCGUAUAAUAUAAACUUUUGUUCGUUGAUGGCGAAUUCAUGCCUAGAAUAAGAUUGUUUUAGAACUCCCUGUUAAUUUCCUAAUUUUAUAUAAAUUUUUAUAAUUAAUAAUACAAAUCAAAUUUUUUGGAUCCGUUUUACCACGAUCAACGUCGCAAAAUAUUUUAUGCUACCCUCUUCUUUAAAUCGACUUAUUAAUUUUUCUUCCUUCCCUACCACUAUUAUAUCGUAUCUUUUCAGCCGGUAGCAAUCUACAUCAAUUUUAUUCUUUUCUUUUAACUUUGCUGCCUUUACUUCCAAUAAUAUUUUUUUCAUACUGAUGCUGGUUUAAAUAAAUAUUAUUUUUGUUUUUUUGUGAUAAAAUCUGUUCUAGUUGUUCCAUUGUUUUUCAAAAAUUCUAACUAAAAAAUUUUUUUUGUAGAAAAAUUAAAAUUUUAAAUCCAUAAUUAUGAUAAUUUUAACUAUCUUCAGUAUUAUUUCUCUAAAUAUCUUAAACUAUAUCCAGAAAUCUUCAGUACUGUGGCAUUAAUUUGUAAUGUAGUUAUUGUAGGGUACAUAAACAUAAUAACAUUAACAUCAUAGAUAGAGCACUUGCACGAAAUGUGUAACGUGAAAUAGCAGCGCCUACUGAACUAGCCAAAACGGUUUGCAUAUCACUACAAGUGCGCAUGCGCACCACAUUACUAGCACAUGCGAUUUCGAAUUUUGUAUGCUCACAACUACCAAAACGACAUGGUCAUUGUGAAUUCAAUGUACAUUUCCCUUAUUUGAAAUUGUAAAUGUUAGUUGAAUGCACAGUACCCAAAUGAGGAGGCAUUGUGCACUUUUAUGGAAAAUGAUUGUCUUAAAAUAGAAAUAUUAAUUUUGUCUUUUUUUAUCAUUGAGCAGAAUUAUUUUUUUUAAUCAAUUUUUUAUUUUAAUAAAAUGUACUUUUUUAUCUGUUUCAUAGUUUGUUGAUCAUGUCUUAUUUUUUUAACAUAUUGAAUAUUGAUAAAUUGUACUUUUCCUGUAUAAAUAGCUUUACAGUUACAAGGAACCUCAUAAAUAAUCCUUUAUUUCCUGCGUUUUAGAUUUAAUACUAGUAGAAUAUUUUGAUAAUGUUUCUAUUUUCAUAUUUAUUAAAAUAAAUUUUAACUGUUGAGAAAAUUGUUAUCAGUGAUAAAGAUAAGUGGUAGAGAUUUUGAUGUUUAAAAUUUGUUGUGGUUGUUAUUGGUUAUAUUUAUUUAUCCUUCUUUUUCGUGUAUUACAAUUUAAAUUUCAAUAAUAAAGAACUGAUAAUAUUGGUAAUAAGAAUAUAGUAUGCUGAUAUAUAUUAUUCAUUCAAGAAGACCUAUAGUGAAGGACAUUUAUUCAAGAAAAUAAAGAUAACCUACGUAUCAUAGAUAUUUUAAAUUACCUUAACGUUUUACUCAUGUGUAAAAAGGGUUGUUUCCGCGUCCUAUUCAAAAUAUGUAAUUAUUAUCAAGUAUGAACAAAAGUAGGUCAGGUUUCUAAUUCUAUACAAGCGAAAGCUAUUGGUCAAACACACAUCUUGAAUGACAUAUGAAAGCUUAGUGGAAACUUGCAGUUUGGAUUAAUAUUUCUAAUAGAUUUUUGCAACACUAUAUGUACAGUUUGUUAAAUUUGACUGUUUAUGUAUCAUUUAUUACUAAUUAAUACAUCAGUUGUUUUAUCUUCAAUUAUUUAUGUAAAAUGUAGCUCAUUGACCAAUAAGAAUAUUUAUUAACCAAUAUAAAAUUAACUAAAUCAUUAUUGGAAUUGUACAGUUUGAAGUAUUGUUCUACAAUAAUUAACAAUAAAACUAAAAAUAUAUUAUUAAUCUAAAUCAUUGAUCAUAAAAACUGUUACAUUUUAAAUUAAUUUCUAAAUAUCUUUUAUUUUUUGAAAAUGGAAAAUAUUUCAUUUAAAUGGGAUAUAUUCUAUGGAAAUUAAAAGUGAAACAAAGAAAUGGUUUAAUUUGAAAGUAAAAAAAUAUUAUUAUUAAAAAUAUUUUUAAUCAAAUACUAGUUAUUACCUUAUAACAAAUAGUCAGAAUAUACAAUAUGU